AAGUAAAUAUUCACUAAACUAUUAGUUCCGGCCGCUACUGAGUGUCAUAAUAAGGUGGUCAUGAAAGCGUAAAUUGUUAUUAAAAAAUGCUGAAAGUACGCAAAAUAUGCUGGUUACCGUGCCGGUGGAAAAGCGGAAAAAAACGCUGGAAUGUUCUUCAGCACAAGAAGACCAACUGCGACCGGGCCCUGGAUAGUUUUGAUGACUUCUAUGGUUCCGUUUACGGAGGCAGGUGGAAAAAUAUGAGAGCGGCUCUUUUGACGGAGCACAAGUAUGUUGCCAUGGUGAACAAUUUCGGGGACACGGAGCAGACAUGCAGCAUGCUGGAAAUGGAUGGGGCUAUAAAUAUCAAGUCACUUAUCCAUUUGGCCCAGGAACGCAAGUCCCAGGUGCAGGUGCAAGAAGAAGGGCACGUAGCCAACAGUACUGAAAUGGAUAGCAAGUUGGAUGCUUUGCUUCGAAAACAACAGGAACGAGAAGUCGCUGCCAUUUACCCACAAGCAGGAGAAGAUGGUGCCGCUGUGGAGCUGCCACAAAAACUGAAUUAUUCCAAAGAUGAGAAGCGCCCGGCAGAGGACAAAAAGGAAGACAACUUGGACUAUAAACAAAGUCUCACCAAAGCACUGGAAGAGGACAUGCAAUUGGAACAGGAUCGCUUGGUCGAUCCCCAGUUCGGCACUGGAGGAUUGUAUGAGUACAUGCCGGCCAACAGCAUUAAAGGCAUGGAGGAUUGGGUAGCGGAAUCCGAGCACUAUAAAUACUAUCAGACAAAUGUAGACUUUCCGCUGAAAAUUGAGCCGGAGACAUCGUUCUACUACCCCGAGCACUUGGCACUCUACACCUAUGAGAUGGGCAAUUGUUCCGACUUCAAGUCACCUAAGAAGUGCCUCACCGGUGUGCUCUCCCACUUCCUCAUGGAUGGUGGGUCAAUUCUACCUCCUCUUUUCCUACAGGUACAACCCGGCGAACGGGUACUUGAUGCCUGUGCGGCUCCUGGUGGCAAAUCAUUGCUCUUGCUGCAGACCCUGCACAUUGAUCACUUGGUUUGCAAUGACGUCCAAGAAUCCCGCCUCAAGAAACUGAAACACGUCAUGCAGGAGUACUUGUUCGACUAUAAGGAACGUUGGCAAGGCAAGCGUCUAAUUUUCAACAUGGGCGAUGCCCGCAACUUGGAUGAAUACGAGAGCUACGACAAAAUUCUAGUCGAUGUGCCGUGCACCACAGAUCGGCAUGUGCUCAUGCAGCAGGACAACAACAUAUUCAAGCCAACUCGCAUUAAGGAGCGACUGCGCAUCCCCGAACUCCAAUCGGGCAUCCUCGCAAAUUGUUUGCGUUUGCUGCGUCCUGGUGGAAGCCUGGUCUACUCCACCUGCUCCCUGUCACCGGUCCAAAAUGAUGGAGUUGUUCACAUGGCCCUGCAAAAGGUCUUCAACGAUCACGGGAUCACGACCACCGUUAGGGAUCUUAGCCAACAAGUCGCUCUCUUUGCGGAUAUAUUUAAGUUCGAGCAACCGAAGGGACUAAAGUAUGGUCAAAUGGUCGUCCCAUAUCUGCCAGCCAAUUUCGGCCCAAUGUACUUUAGCAAAAUUACUCGAAAUACUUGAAGUCAAUAAUUCAUUAUUAUUGUAACAACUAUUGUAACAAUAGUGUAGUUAUGCUUAAGCCAUCUUCAACACAAAAAAUACAAAAAGAAAUGAAAUUUA